GCGCUUCCGUCUUCGGCGGUAGCCGAGGCGCAGGCGCAGCCCGCCGCCGCUGCAGGGAUCCUCGGGACCCUUCCGGCCUUCGCGGCCAAUCCGUGCAGAGCCGAGCGGGCGGACCGGGAGGAGCGGAGGGAGCUCCGGGAGCCGCCGCCGCCGCCGCCGCCGCCGCCGCCGCCGCCGCGCAGGGGCGUGGAGGGCAGGGGCGGCCCAGGUCGCAGUUGCAAACAUGGCUCAGAGCGGAGACAGCGGAAACCCCUUCGCUGGGCCCGGCGAGCUUGACAACCCCUUUCAGGACCCAGCUGUGAUCCAGCACCGACCGAGCCCGCAGUAUGCCACCCUUGACGUCUACAACCCUUUUGAGACCCGGGAGCCCCCACCAGCCUAUGAGCCUCCUGCCCCUGCCCCAUUGCCUCCACCCUCGGCUCCCUCCUUGCAGUCCUCGAGAAAGCUCAGCCCUACAGAACCCAAAAACUAUGGCUCCUACAGUACCCAGGCUUCAGCUGCAGCAGCCGCUGCCGAGCUGCUAAAGAAGCAGGAGGAGCUCAACCGGAAGGCGGAGGAAUUGGACCGGAGGGAGCGAGAACUGAAGCAUGCUGCCCUGGGGGGCACAGCUGCUCGACAGAACAAUUGGCCCCCUCUCCCGUCUUUUUGCCCAGUCCAGCCCUGCUUUUUCCAGGACAUCUCCAUGGAGAUCCCCCAAGAAUUUCAGAAGACCGUAUCCACCAUGUACUACCUCUGGAUGUGCAGCACGCUGGCUCUUCUCCUGAAUUUUCUUGCCUGCCUGGCCAGCUUCUGUGUGGAGACCAGCAAUGGCUCGGGCUUUGGACUCUCUAUUCUCUGGGUCCUCCUUUUCACUCCCUGCUCCUUUGUGUGCUGGUACCGCCCCAUGUAUAAGGCUUUCCGGAGUGACAGUUCAUUCAAUUUCUUCAUUUUCUUCUUCAUUUUCUUCGUCCAGGAUGUGCUCUUUGUCCUCCAGGCCAUUGGCAUCCCAGGUUGGGGGUUCAGUGGCUGGAUCUCCGCUCUGGUGGUGCUGAAGGCCAACAAGGCCGUGGCUGUGCUCAUGCUGCUGGUCGCCCUGUUCUUCACCGGCAUCGCGGUGCUGGGAAUUGUGAUGCUCAAGCGGAUCCACUCCCUGUACCGCCGCACCGGGGCCAGCUUUCAGAAGGCCCAGCAAGAAUUUGCUGCUGGGGUCUUCUCCAACCCCGCCGUGCGAACCGCCGCCGCCAACGCAGCCGCUGGGGCUGCCGACAAUGCCUUCCGAGCCCCGUGACCCCUGACGGGAUGCCCCGGCCCUGCAGCCGCGGGGAGCUCACUUAGCCCCCGUCCCUGACGUCUCGGACUCGGUGAGACAUCACUACUUGGGGUCUUCUCUCUAGUGCCCCCAGUCCCGCAGCCAUGACUGCUGACCCUGACUUAGGGGUGCGGGGAGCCCACUGUGACCCAGGCUCGCUUCCCCCGCCACCCCCCAGUUAGGCCACACUACUACCAUCUCUUACAAACCCCACCCAGCUUCUCUCUGCUGUGCCAAGACUGUUGCUUCGGUUAUUUAAAUAAAAAGAAAGCGAAACUGGAACUCAAA